UCUGUGUGGGGGCUCUACAGAUGUUACUGACAUCACUGGGUCCCUAGAUAGAGCUCAUUUCUGCUGUGAAGCCCGGCGGAGCUACAAUACAAAGAAUACAUUAGAGGAUUACAAUUUGAGUUCACCGAUGGAGUUUAGUGGCGUGCAAACAUUAACCGGCUCGGAUUUAAAUUUAGAUGACCUUGAGGAUUUAUUCGCAUAUGACAACAACGAAACUUAUGGAGACUGUUGCGAUGGGGGUGACAUAUGCGACCUGAAAGAGGGCAUGCUUUUUGAGGCGGUGUUCAUCCCUGUACUGUACUCGGUGACGUUUGUUGUGGGUGUCUUGGGGAACGGUGUGCUGCUGGGAGUUCUGGCUAAGAGCAAGAGGACUUGGAGUGUGACAGACACCUUUAUCCUCCACCUGGCUGUGGCAGAUCUCCUCCUGCUGUUGACGCUGCCCUUCUGGGCUGCACAGGCCGCUCAAGCUGGGGGAUGGACCUUUGGAACUCCUCUCUGCAAGAUCACUGGAGCUGUUUUUACGAUCAACUUCUACUGUGGGAUCUUUCUGCUGGCCUGCAUCAGUCUGGACCGCUACCUGUCCAUCGUCCAUGCUACCCAGAUGUACUCCCGCAGGAAUCCUUGGGUCGUUCAGGUCAGCUGCCUGGCCGUGUGGCUCUUCUCCCUGCUCCUCUCCAUCCCUGACUGGAUUUUUCUGCAAGAUGUGAGGGAUGACAGACGAGCUACAACCGAGUGUGUCCGCAAUUACAAGCUCGCCUCUCAGUCGGUAGGUGACUGGCGGCUGGCAUCACGGCUGCUCUACCACACAGUGGGCUUCCUGCUGCCUUCAGCUGUCCUGAUCUUCUGCUACUCCUGCAUCCUGCGGCGGCUGCGAUGCGGCUCCCAGGGCCUCCAAAAGCAGAAAGCUUUCAGGGUCAUCAUGGCCGUGGUGGUGGUUUUCUUUCUCUGCUGGACGCCAUACAACAUCACACUCAUGGUGGACACACUUCAUUCCAGCAACAGCAGCGAGCCCUGUGGAGUCAGAUCAUCUCUGGAGAAAGCGAAGACAGUCACCUCCUCCGUGGGUUACCUCCACUGCAGCCUCAAUCCCAUCCUGUAUGCCUUUGUGGGUGUGAAGUUCCGGCGUCAGCUCAUGAACAUCCUGAGGUCACUAGGCUGCAAGCUCCAGACAAGUGGCAAACUCCAAUCUGCUGUCAGCAGCAGGAAAAGCUCCUUUUGGUCUGAGUCUGCCGACACCUCCAACUCCAUCGCGAUCUGAGGGACACAAACCUGAAUAAGCUUACAACUGACAACAUGAAGAAAUGAACAGUUGACUGUACAAUGUGUCUCUGUAUAUUUCCUGUGUUAUAUUACUAGUAACAGGCUAUGCUGGUUUUCAAUUUCCUGUUCACAAGGCAAGGCAAGUUUAUUUGUACUGCACACUUCAAGAAGGCAGUGCUUUACAUAAAAUUAGUAGCUGAACAUAAACAUCCAUCCAUCCAAAAAUAAUUUUGUCUAUCUGAGGAUUGAGGUUACACACCUGCAGCCCACUUGUAGGCAGCAGAUCUAUUUUCCUUGUAAAGCAGAAAAAGAGCAUUUCUCUUUUUUCAGACCGCAAGACAACAUUGUAAUAUAAGUAAAUCAUGUAUUAUGCUGCAAGUAUUACCGCUGUAUAUCUGCUGUUUUACAUCUAAACUUUUAAAUGAAAAAUUUUGUAUCACAUGCUGCAUAUUUCAUAAUGUUGGUGUAAAAGGAGUGUAUAAAUAAAGAACAAAAAUGUUUUUUUAAUCAUC